GGAAGGGGAGGGGCCUCGCCGAGCCCAGAAAAACGACAACGCGAGAAAAAUUAGUAUUUUUGCACUUCACAAAUUAAUGACCAUGAGUUCGUUUUUGAUAAACUCCAACUACAUCGAGCCCAAAUUCCCUCCCUGCGAGGAGUACACGCAGCACAGCGGCAGCGCCGCCAGCUCCGCCAGCUACCACCCGCACCACGCGCACCCGCACCCGCACGCCCCGCCGCCGCCGCCGCCGCCGCCGCCGCCGCACCUGCACGCCGCGCACCCGGGCCCGCCGCUGCCCGAGUACUUUCCGCGGCCGCGCCGCGAGCCCGGCUACCAGGCGCCCGCCGCGCCGCCGGGGCCGCCGCCGCCCGAGGCGCUCUACCCCGCGCCGGCUCCCUCCUACCCCCAGGCGCCCUACAGCUACAGCGGCGCCGGCAGCGCCGCGCCGGGCCCCGAGCAGCCGCCGCCGGGCGCCUCGCCGCCGCCGCCGCCCGCCAAGGGCCACCCCGGGCCGGCGCAGCCGCUGCUGCCGGGCCACGCGCUGCAGCGGCGCUGCGAGGCGGCCCCCGCCGCCGGCGCCGGCACCGGGCCCGGCUGCGCGCUGCUGCCCGACAAGAGCCUGCCCGGGCUCAAGGGCAAGGAGCCCGUGGUCUACCCCUGGAUGAAGAAGAUCCACGUGAGCACGGUCAAUCCCAACUACAACGGAGGGGAGCCCAAGAGGUCUCGCACUGCCUACACCAGACAGCAGGUCCUGGAGCUGGAGAAGGAGUUUCACUUUAACCGGUACCUGACCAGGAGGCGACGCAUCGAGAUCGCGCACACCCUCUGCCUCUCCGAGCGCCAGGUCAAGAUCUGGUUUCAGAACAGGCGCAUGAAAUGGAAGAAAGACCAUAAACUGCCCAACACCAAGAUGCGCUCCUCAAACCAGUCCACACAGAGCCAGCAAUCCAAAGCACAGACACAGGGCCACCCCCAUCCCCUCGAUGGGGCUACACCCAACGCAGCCGCGCUAUAAAUAUUACGGUUUUUUAAAUACAUAUAUAUAUAUACACACACCUAUCUUUUGGGCUUUUCCAGCUGCCCGUGCUGCUGGCUGGCCAUUUGGACCAAAUAACUGUGUAAAACAAAAGAGAGCAGAAGCAGAGAAGGAAGAAGAGACGUGCCCAAGAACGGGUACAUGUUUAAACCAAAACCCGGACGAUUGCCUACAUUGUAUAUAGAUAAUGGUUCCAUGCCCAUCAUUUUUUUUCUAUUUAUGGAAACACUCUCUUGCCCUCGGUGUAAGAGAGUGCUGGAUACUGUCACGGACGAAUUCUCUGUACCUAAGAAGGACUCCUUUUUUUGUUUUUUUGUAGAGAACACUUAAAAAAUAAAAGACGGUUAAAACAAAGCAAAGACCUCGUGAAACACUUGUGUAAGGCAUUGACUUGAAUAGCGCUGUUCCGUGGCGUGUUCGUGGAUUCUCGGGGGUGUGUGUGAGGGUGCACACCCACGUUUGCACACACACAAACACACCGAAGAGAGCGAACGCAUUCACAGGCGGUCAAAACGAAAACUGCCCCCCUUACACUGUCUAAAAGAAAAUGUUUUAUGUAUCAAAGGUAACUUAACUGGUUUUAGGUGUAGCCCCUGCAGUAGCUGUGAUAUAUUAGUUUUUCUCCACAUUCCCUAUCGCAUUUAUUUAAAAAAAUAUUGCUAUAAAGGCUCUUGCUGUUUUCAUAUUUGGCACCGUCUAAAUCGUUUGGGUCCAUGUACAAUUUGUGGAUUUUUGGUGUAAUGUAUACAGUGCCAAAUGCUGGUAAUAAAGAUUAUUCUGUACAAAAGAAUUAAACGCUUGAAACACAAA